CACGCACACACAUUCGCAGUGUGAAGGAAAAACCAAAUAUGUGACGAUGAAAGUUUUAUUUCUAUCAAUUGAAAAAACGGAAGGCAGCAGCAAAAAUACCUUUUAUUCAGUAAAUAAUUCGAAUUCUAGUGAAAAGUUUUCGCUUCUAAGACUGCUAUAUCACAUUACAACAUGACGCAGUAUUAAGUAUUGAAAAGUGUUGCAAAUGAGUGAAACAGCUUAAGAAAAGCAGUGAUUUUCCUUGGCACUCUAAAUGUACUUCAAGGGAAUCCUUUUUGAAAGAUUUUUUUUCGUUUCUUUGCUGCUGAAUACCCUUCACUCGGCGGAGUCCGUCCUCGCAUGGAAAACUUAGAUCUCCGGCCGUCCGUGGUUCUGUUAUAGUCUAAAUAAGAAACAGCAAAUUGGCAAGGGCAGAUUCCAGUGUAAAAUAUCGAAGAAAAUCUCUGCAUUUUUUCCCAACCCCGUCAGGAGGAUGGAAAUUCCACCAGUUAGUUAUUCGUCAUCCAAUUUGAAGACGGAACAUCAGCAAUGGUGAAAAGCUUCUGCUGUCACACUUAGAUAAAAGAAACGUUUUAUAGCUACGUAUGUUGUGAAGCUAAAAGUAUGUAGUUAACAUCAAUAGUGAAGUGCUUAGAAAUCUUUUUUUUUUUCUACAAUAAAGACGAAGGUGUAACAUUAAACGGAGAAGAGAAAAUGAAUGUGGAAAUAUCAAGUGGUUAAUAGCGUUCUGCAGUGAAACAAGAUUUUUUUUAGAAUAUUUCCAUCUGCUAAUCGAUAUUUCUAAUCGUGUUCGACACACGUACUUAUUGUUGAUGCUAAUUUCAACAAUCUUUUGUUAUUUAAUCGAGGAAUACAAGACAAACGAGAGCAAAUGUUUUCGAGCAGCUGUCUGAGGAAAACAAUAUGAGGGCGUUAUUAAUGGCACCCCGGGCUUCAUUUCUAUAGAAAAUAAGGAAAUGUCUUCUAUGGAGGACUGCUCAGAGUACGCAAAUUCUAACCAUCCACAACAACAACAUCAUCGACAUGGCCAUCAUCAUCAACAACAACAACAACAAAUCCACCAUCAUCAACAGCAACAGCACAAUCAGGCUAAGCUAUCAGCUGUCUUAUCGUCCAGCACGCUGCCGCAUCACCAGGGUCAAGGACAGCUCCUGCAAUCAGGAGGUCCCAGUGGAAGUAGCAGUACGCUCACUCGGGGAAGUCGUCGAUCGUCCUAUGGACCCAGUCAUUAUCAACAGCAGCUGGUGCCACAGGCUGUAAACUAUCACGAUGGUCUGAGUAUGGCGGAUAAUAUUUCCGUGGGGGGCGGCAGUAUAAUUAGCAACCAUUCUGGCCAACGCUAUGUACCCGAUCUUCACUAUGGAACGCUUAGUAACCGGAUAAUUCACAGUGAACGAUACGUCAUCGACGAUAGCAGCUGUCUACAGCCUCCGUCGCCAGCGCCCAGUAAUGACCACUACGUGAUGGGAAUGCCAUCACCGUCACCCUCAGCACAUCACUAUCCCGAGCGCCAUUACACCUUACAGCAGCGAACGAUGAGCCCCUCAAAUAGCAGAUAUCGCCACAGUUUGACCGAAAAUUAUCGUGAUAUUUCGCCACAAUGCGAACGGUUUAUUCCACCUCCAGCACACUUCAUUAGUGCCACAAAUCCCCUUGCUGCCUCGGAUAGCUAUGGAUAUCUGAAUUCCAAUGUACACACCCCAGUCAAACGCUAUGUUCCCACUCCACCACCGCAAGAGCCGACGUACCAACCGCAGACGCAGCUAAUGGCCACCAUACUUACGCAAACCGCAGUUGCCACAUCACAGCAAAGGGGAAAUCACCUAACCAAUACUUUACCAUAUCGCUUCCGAGUCAAAUCAUGCCCGAACGAGCAGACCAUUUCAACUCCUCAGAGUUUUGAUACAUCCGAUCAUUACGCCACACCACCACGUGUUCGUCCGCAAAAAUGUGCAUCAUCCUUAACCGCCAGCUGUUCAGUUCCAAAUUCUGCUCUUUCGUCUCAAACGCUUGGCGCUGGACGUCAGUCGGGCCAAAGCACCGAAUAUCUUCUAGCACGUACCCCGAGUGCAGAUUUUCUCGACCAACCAUCGUGCCGUGUUGCAACACCGGUCAGUGUCAUGAGUGAACCGAAUGGUACUGCAUCUUGUUUGCAUUGUAAUACCUUACGCAGAACAACUGGAGUUCAUCAAACUACGCAAACUAGUGGUCCUAUCAGUCCACAGCCUCUGUCACUAUCUUCAGCGACAGAAUCGACCGGUCGCAACUCGCCAUUGAGUCCAACAUCGUUGUCAACACCCAUGACUACAGCACCAUCUUCAAAUAGCUUACAACAUCCACCACACAACAUGCACCAGCAACUACAGCAGCACCUGCAACAAUCGGCCCAGUCUCCAUCAGCUACGCUAACGGCAACGCAAUCACAACCGCAAAUAGCAAUCGAACACUACAGUGCACAUGAGUCGAGCGACAUUUCGACAAUUCCAAGGAAUCAAGCCAAACUACCCCAACCACAGUCACAGCAGCUAUCCGCGAACUCAUCUGAGCAGAGCAUCAUGACCAGUAGUAACAGUAGAUCGAUAUUGGUUCAAUAUCAGCAGCAGAACAUUUUACAACAACCACCCGCACCACAACAACCAAUGCAACCACCGCCAGCAGUACAAUCUGUACCACCGCAACAAUUGAUCCCACAGCAAGUUCCACAAAUGCAAUUACAAUCUGCGCAAUCAGCAUCGCCGCCACUAGUGUCGGCUUCACCUGCAUCAGUAUCGCUUCCGGGACCAUCUAUGUCAGCACAACAUUCGCCACCAGUUAGCGAAUCACCUGCUUCUACAUUGCAGCGCAAUGCACAACUCAUCUUUCGCCCUUCCGCUCCCAGCAUUUCCCGAAAACAACGCGUCAAAGAAUACAUGAAACAUGAAACAGCGAAAUUCUUCGGAGUAGACGACCUUAACGAAGAAUACGAACGUCAUAAAUGGGAAGAUCGACAGAAACGUUUCGCGUACCGGCGGUUUGGUCAGCUGAAGGAUGAAUACGAUUUUCCGCUUCGAAACAACAAUGCAAACAACAAUGCAGCCGAAGAGAAUGCUGCUCCCAUCGACAGACCGGAUAUACUGCCAGCGCAAAGCCAGGAUGAGCGAGAUACGGAACAAAGCCGACGACAGCGAGCAAACCCUCGUCAUACUUACGAUGCUGCUUCGGAUACGUUCAUCUUCAAAGCUGAACGAAAACCUUCGGUGCCGACAGUGAUCUGGAAUGGUAUGUCAUUUCUGGUGCACAGUAUCACGAGAAAGCGGUUGCGAAAACAGAAACAAUGGUCACGUAGCUUUGCCCCGGCACAUGUUGAACUCACUGGCGAUGAUAAUGAGCUUUGUGAUGGACUACAACCAAUACAGGAUGACGAAACGUUUUUCGAUGCACCUGUUCAACCAACUGCCCAGCAGCCAAACCAGGGACAGAUUGUUGACAAUUCUCGACAGCUUUUCGUAUCCGAAAAUGAUCGAGGACUGGGAGCGACUACCGACAGUGGAAUAAUCAAUGGAUGGCGUACCAGGUCUUCCGAACUCCAUCUGCAGGCACGAGAAGGUGCCAACGGUACACUUGGUCAACGAAUUUCUUCACAUAUUUUGGAUGGAGUACUAGAUAACUCAAUGAGGCCAAUAGCAAAUAAAAUUAAACUUCUUAGACCAAACCUGUUGGAUGACCGCUAUGAUUACAGACCGUUUUUUACAUACUGGAUCAAUACGGUACAAGUGCUCGUGCUCGUUAUUUCCCUAAUCUGUUACGGCUUCGGUCCGAUUGGAAUCGGUAUGGAGUACAAGACGGCUCAGGUGCUGGUUACUAGCUUGAGUUUACAACAGGUUCAUCAUCAAGAAACUCGUAAUGUGUGGAUAGGGCUGAAGAACAUCGAUAUUGUACAUCUAGGUGCGAAGUACGGUGCCUGUAUGCGCCGUGACUCCCGAAUAUCGGAGGUUAUUACGAAAACGCGCAAACAAGAACGAGAGACGGCUUGCUGUAUUCGUAACGACGAUUCUGGGUGUGUCCAAAGCUCUCAAGCGGAUUGUUCGAUGCGCGGGCUCUGGCCAACGAAGACAAUUGCAACUUGGAAAAAAUGGUCACCGGGUGAAUCCGGCCCAGGGGGGCGCAUUUCUGGCAGUGUUUGUGGUCUUGAUCCAAAGUACUGCGAUGCUCCUGCUUCCAUCGCACCACACGAAUGGCCGGACGACAUCACAAAAUGGCCGAUUUGUCGUAAAAACAACCAAUUCUCUCAGCGAUUCCGGUUUAAGGAUCAUACUGCCGAGCAUAUGAUUUGCGAGGUGAUAGGUCAUCCCUGCUGUAUCGGAAUCUAUGGCGAGUGCCGCAUCACUACACGAGAAUAUUGUGAUUUCGUCAACGGGUACUUCCAUGAAGAGGCAUCUCUUUGCUCGCAGAUUUCUUGUUUGAACGACGUUUGCGGCAUGUUUCCGUUCAUAGCAAACAAUUAUCCGGAUCAGUUUUACCGUCUCUUCACGUCGCUUUGUCUACACGCAGGCAUCAUACAUCUAGUAAUCACAGUUGCCUUUCAGCAUAUGCUGAUGUCAGAUUUAGAGCGACUCAUUGGGCCAUUGCGAAUGGCGAUCCUCUACAUUGGAUCCGGAAUCGCCGGGAACCUGACGAGUGCAAUCUUUGUGCCGUACAAGGCUGAAGUCGGUCCACUGCCAUCAUUAGCUGGAGUGCUGUCAUCGUUGAUGGUACAGCUGAUACUGUGUCACUGGAAAAGCUUGAAGAAACCACACGUAGCUAUGAUUAAAUUACUUAUCAUCGGGUUUACAUUAUUCGGGUUAGGAACACUGCCAUGGCAGCAAAACUUCACCGGGCUGAUAGCCGGUUUACUCUUCGGUAUCGGAUUGACGUUGGCAUUCGUGCCGUUCGUUAGUGUAACGAAACACAAUAGAAAGAGCAAGUUGAACCUAAUUUGGACAUGCGUGGUUGUACAGCUGAUCGUAUACGCCCUGAUGUUUAUCAUUUUUUACGUCUUUCCAACGCUGUUCUCUUCCUUGAACUUCAUCGAUGGAAACCAACUGUCGGACCACAAUUCCGUACACAGCUAUCAUGACCAUUAUAAUUUGUACGAAGGCUACCAAAAUUACAAUCCAGGGAUUGGGAAUGGUCACGGCCACGGCCAUGGCAGCGGAGGCGGUAUAAUCAAUAGCGGAAAUCAUAUUGUUACAACGUACAACGUGAACAACAACUUCAAAUCGCCAACUAGCCACGGUGGCGGAAUCCUGUACAAUCAUCACGACUACGGUGGAGGAGGUGGUGGUGGCAUCAGCAUGUCCGGUGGUAUCAAUAAGAUUAGUAGUAGCAACAAUAAUAAAAAAAAUCUGUUAAAAGGUAUAAGUAUGUGUGAAAAGGGACAAUGUGUCCAACGUCAGCCGCGUAGCGCCGACACGAAUGCAUGACGUCGAUGUUUCCUACUGUUCACAUCGCUGGAGUUACUUUUCGUAUUGUUUGUCCUGCUGGCCUUGUAUGACGUCAAUGAUUUUCAGGUCGUUUAUCAGUUUAUCAUGUGAUACAACAAACAACAUAGUGACAAUGUAAUUUAAAUUUUUAUAUCUCUCUUUCCAUCAAAAAUGUGAUCACGAACCGUAUCUUAGUUGAAACAAUUAGUUCAAAAGCAUUCUAUUAACAACGUAAGCAUAUAUAUUCGUAUCUCUUUACAAUUAAAUGAUCAAAAUAUUGAAAAAAAUUAACAACAAAACGAUAUGAUAUAUAGCACUGACACGCCUAGUUACGUUUACGUUUCCUUAUUCUUAAGUCACCCGUUUUCCCUAACUUUACUCAAGAGUUACAUUGAAUAUAUAGUAAAUAUUAAUAUAGACACAAGCUAGCAGAAGAAUUAAGAAUGCAGGCGAAUAAAGUGGAUUGAAAGAAAAGAAUUCAUAGAAUUGCCCUCAGUUAGUUCGGAUAGCUAUUCCUCUAUGAUAUUACAAAAUGAUAUUGUAUAAACUUCAGUAACAAAAUAAAACAAAACCGGAAAACAGAAACAUUUGAUUUGUAAGAUGAGAAUACCGGAGAAAUGAUAACACUGAGUCAAGGAAGAACUGUAAGCAAAUUCUAAUAAAACCUCUAUUUCAAUUUAA